CUAGCCAGCUGGCAGCGUGGCCAAUUGAUAGGGCUUAGAGGGUUGUAUGCCGGUGGAGAGUUCGAGGUCCAUCAGCCAGCAAUAUCAGGCGGUCUUGGAGGUUUCCAGGACAAUGGUGCCGCUCGUCCUGGGCUGCCUAUUCCAUGUGCUGUCUCCCUGCCCUGUCCCCUGUCCAGUCAGUGCGGGCUGAAGCUACCCCAGUCACAGGAGCCGAUAGAGAGAUUAAACGACCUGCCUAUAUGCAGAGCUCUAGGUCGUAAAUCGGGGUACCAAAUGUCCGCGAAUCUCUGAUCAGCAACACGAGAAGGCCGUUCUUCUUCGUAUACAGGCCAACUUUUUUGUUUGCGUAGAGACAGUCUCCCUUUCUCUCGUCGAACCACCGCCAAAUAAUGGUCUCCAAAAGUGGUGACCGCGAUUCCCAAGGCUCUUCUACGGAUGCGUUUGGGUUGGGUCCCAAACCCUUCCGCCCAGGCCUUGCAUUCCGAGAUAGCACAGGUUCGAGCAUUGGUUCAAGAGGGAGCAAUGGCAGUGAUCGCCACGAUGUUAUGGUCAAAUUUCUCUAUAGAAGGUGUUCGCAAGCGAAAUGGCUAGAGCCUCCAGAAGACGAGUACGGAGUCGUGGACGGCGGUGCAGCAAACCUGGGCGUUCUCCUGCGGCGACCAGAUGGCAUCUACACGGCGGAACCUCUCUUCUUGAACCAGGAUCUAGUAGCCGCCGUCGAAAAGCUUAACGUUACAGUUGCUUUCACGAUGUCGUCUGAGAUAACAUACGCGCUGCUCCAGCAGGUUACUCCGCUACAAACGGAAUUGUCGCUCGAUCCUCGGGGUUUCGCGCUCCCAAUCGCCAACUCGGUGAGGGAUAUUGCGACCGGGAAGGCCUCAGUCACACGCGACGCAUACGUUUGCCUUUGCAGACAGGAACGCAUGGUGUUGGUCUGGGGAGAUACCGUGCCGGGAAUACUGGCUCAUGGAACAGACAUUGAGACGCGGCUCCUUGGACUAGUUUGGGGAUCCCAUAUCCCAUCCCAUAACUCGAUCUCGGUGCAACAACAACCGCAGCCGGUGCAGUCUCAGCAGGCGAGCACAUACGGCCGGACAAGGUCCUCGAUGUUCCCUAUCUCGGCUCCCAUGAUUGGACCUCUGCCUUCCGAGAUGACCGAAAAGAUUGGCGCUAUCGACCGCGCCAUCGAGGUGGAAGAGAUGGGCGACAAAGCGUAUGAUCCGGAGAAGGAGGGCGAGAUACCGGAAAGGAGGUUCCUCCUCGUGCACGCAGUCACCAUAGGCAUCGCAAUGAUCUUGGUGAUUGUGGUUGAGAUGGCAUGUCUCGCGAAGUUGAUUACUGAAUAUCGUCUUGACGGAACAAUGAUACGGUUUGCCUUGGUUGCGACGAUUCCACUGUUCGCAGCGUUUUCGCUGUUCUUUUUCAUUGUUAUAGGCGGAUCUCUCGGUCAGCUUUUCGGUCCCCUCUCUGCGCUUCAGGGAAAUAGUCUUUACUACUCAGGGAAGGCACCAAAGCGCGGCCGCCAUCCCGAUUAUGAGCUCCCCCAUGUCACAAUCCAGAUGCCCGUGUACAAAGAAGGUCUUAAGGGUGUCAUUAUUCCCACCGUGACGUCACUCUUGGCGGCUGUCAGGCACUAUGAGGAACAAGGUGGUACGGCAUCAAUCUUCGUCAACGACGAUGGCAUGCAAUGCGUUUCGCCCGAACUACAAGAGGCUCGGAAGGCUUUCUAUGAGCUCAACAACAUCGGAUGGGUAGCCCGACCUAAGCACAAUGAGCCUAAGAAGCACAAAGGAGGUCUCUUCUCGAAGAAGAAGGAGGAGGAUGCUGAGAAGGGCGAGGAAGACACCAACUACUUCAUCCGCGCUGGCCACUUCAAGAAAGCCUCAAACAUGAACUACUGCCUCGACUUCUCUCUGCGCGUGGAAGAUGAGCUCUUGCGCCUCAUGAACGAACGAUGCCAAGAGCGUGAACGCAGCCUCGAAGACCUGACUGUUGAAGAGGAAGAUGAGCUCUACGAACAAGCCAUGAGCACGAUGCUGGAGAAGGAUGAGGGCCGGACCUGGGCAGCUGGAAGCGUCCGUGUUGGCGAGAUCAUCCUCAUCGUUGAUUCCGAUACUCGUGUCCCGGAAGACUGCCUCCUAUACGGCGCGCUGGAGAUGCACGAAAGCCCAGAAGUCGCUCUCAUUCAACACGCUUCCGGAAUCAUGAAGGUCGUUAACAACGUCUUCGAAAACGGCAUCACCUACUUUACCGACCUCGUUUACACCUCGAUCCAAUACGCCGUGGGCAACGGUGACUGCGCUCCUUUCGUCGGCCACAACACCUUUAUUCGGUGGAAAGCCAUCCAAAGCAUCGCAUUCCAGGAAGAUGGCAUGACGAAGUUCUGGUCCGAGCACCAUGUCUCCGAAGACUUUGAUGUCAGUCUUCGGCUCCAAAUCAACAAGUUCGUCGUCCGCCUCGCCACGUACCACAACGGCGGCUUCAAGGAGGGCGUGUCACUUACUGUUUACGACGAACUUGCUCGAUGGGAGAAGUAUGCGUACGGCUGUAACGAGCUUGUCUUCAAUCCAUUGAUCAAGUGGCCGAUGAAGGGGCCUAUCACGCCGCUGUUCUGGAAAUUCCUCUGGAGCCCGAUCAAGGUCACGUCCAAGGUCACUAUCCUUGCCUACAUCGGCACUUACUACGCCAUCGCUUCCGCCAUUCCGCUCACGCUCGCUAACUAUCUAAUUGUCGGCUGGUUCACCGAUGACGUUGAUCAGUUCUAUAUCACUAGCUGGAAGAUCUUCGUCGGCAUGGCUGUCGUCUUCAACGUCCUUUCGCCUCUGGCCUACGCCAUGUUACGCCAUCGAUUGGGCGAAAAGACAUUCUUCUGGUCGCUCAUGGAGACCAUCAAGUGGAUGCCGUUCUUUCUUCUCUUCUUCGGUGGUAUCUCCUUCCAUCUCCUCAAGGCCAUCUUCUGCCACUUCUUCAGCGUGCGCAUCGAGUGGACAACUACAGCGAAGGAGCUCACAGAGUCCGGGUUCCGCGUCGGUCUCGACAGGAUCGUCCGCGACUUCAAGUGGAUGUACUUGUUCCUGCUGCCGGUGAUGGCUGGCAUGAUAUAUCUGGCCCUUUUUGCGCCUCGAGGCUGGUUGAUCAGCGACUUCGCGGCUAUCGUUCCUUUGGCCAACCAAGUCGGCUGCCACGCUUUGCUGCCGUUCGCCUUGGGUCUCUUCUGAUCCCAUCAUCCGUCACUCUCCAUACACUUUACCUCUUCAUCUUGUAUUCCUACCACUCCUUUGGCAUGCAUUAGAACAGCGACUCGGUUUGGGAAAUUUUACCGGUAUUACUAGUGGGCCUCUUGGGAACAUUCAAUGUUGGAGUUUAAUUUUCGGCUGCACUGUAAUCUUGCAUGGGCAUUGUAGAUUCUGGGAAUCCCCUAAAGUAAUAUGAUGGGAGGGAGGCCCUUUACGAUUCACGAUUCUUGAAAUUCUAUUUCCGCUGUGGAGGAACAUGGCGAAGUUGCUCGGGAUAAUACUAGUAUAGCACUAGCCUACUAUCUCAACCUAGCUAGAUAAAAUGAAUAAAAAUUGAUUAAGUUGCUGCCUUCGCGCAACACAAUA